ACUAGAGGCGGGGAUCGGGGUGUGCGCGCCCGGACUGUAGUGCCCUUGAGCUCUUGCCGGCCCUGUCGGCCCUGUCUCUCGUAGUAACAGUGGAGAAACAGGGCCGAGUAGGAGGCCGCGCCUCCUGGGUCACUAACGCUGCCUGUCGGAGCUGAAAGGGAGGCCGCGGCCCUCAACUUCAAGCCUCGGCCCCUUCCAGGGCAGCGCCCAGGUGGACAGAGCUGCCUCUGGAAUCUUUCGGACCCGUGUUCAUGUCCUGCCUGGGACAGUUCCUAGCUGGCUUCCACUCUUGGAGCCUCUGUUCCCUUUUCUGAAAUGGAGGUUGCUUGUCUCUGAAGGUCUGGCACUCAGCAGGCGCUCGAUAAAUGCUUGUUUAAACUAAAUAUUUAGUUAAGCUUGUUUGUGACAAAUAUAAAAUUAACAAAAAUUGUAAAAUUUUUGGCUGGCAGUUUAUGCUGACAUCUGGAAUCAUGGGUUAAAUUGGAGGAAAAGUUUCAGCAUACAAUGACAGAACAUACAAAAUGUCAGAAGCAAAGCUCCCGAGCAAAGGCACUCUCCUCCCCCUUGCAAUAUGAGUUAGGAGCAUGUAGAAUUGAGUCCCUGCUAUGUGCUGAGCUCCCAGCUGAGCCCUGGACAUUCACUGGCAAAUGCACUGCUCACCAGGGAGUGGUGUUAUUCUCACCAUCUUACUGAUGCAAGAACUGAAACUCAGUGACUUGCCCAAGGCCACACAUGCUGGGUCAAACACAGAUCCAUCUGACCUCAAAACCCUUGCCCUGACCCACCACCAGUCCCAUUUCUUAGCAGGGACUGAGCUACGGGUUCAUCCACUUUAACUCAAAACAUGAAGAAAACAUAACUGAUCAAAAAAAGAAUAGGUGGGUGAAGGUCUAAAAUGGAGUCAAGGAGGUGAUGGAGCAAGAGCAAAGCCCCUUUCAGGCAGUGGGUGGAUAGCACACUGGGCCCACAUGAGGUGGGGGUGGGAGCAACUUAAAGCUCAGCUACCCUCCUGGUCCACCCCCCAAUCCCCAGGGUGGCCGCCACAUCUGAGGGGACCAGAGCCACUUUGGGAAGCUGGACCCUGUGAUCUCCCUAUUUCCACCUGUCUGGGGCUAGUGACGACCUUCAGAGCCCACCUCAGCGGCUGACAUCACAAGAAAGACUUGGGGACCUGGGAGUCCUCAGGAGAGCCUUUCUCUGAGACAUGAAGUCUUGGGGUCGAAUGCUGUGGGCCCUCCUGUCUGGCCCAGGAAGGAAAGGAGGCAUCCAGAGCUGGGCCUUCAGUUCAUGGCCACCCCAUUCACCUCUGGCUGGGUUGGUGAGUGCCACACAGCUGGUCAGCCACUGGACAACAGUCUUUGAAGAGAGAGGCAUCCCUGAGGCCCGGGAAAGCAGUGAGUACAUCGUGGCUCAUGUCCUUGGAGCCAAAACAUUUCAGAGUUUGAGGCCGGCACUUUGGACCCAGCCUCUGACACCUCAGCAGCUACAGUGCAUCCAGGAGCUGAGUAGCCUCAGACUGCAGAGGAUGCCGGUGCAGUACAUCCUUGGGGAAUGGGACUUUCAGGGGCUUAAUCUGAAGAUGGUGCCCCCGGUGUUUAUCCCUCGGCCAGAGACAGAGGAGCUGAUUGACUGGGUGCUGGAGGAGGAGGCCCAGAGGCCCUGUACAGCAGGUGCCCAAGAUGGCCCUGUCAUCCUGGAGGUGGGCUGCGGAUCAGGGGCCAUUGCCCUCAGCCUACUGAGUCGGCUCCCCCGGAGCCAAGUUAUUGCUGUGGAUAAGGAGGACGCUGCCAUCUGCCUGACCCAGGAGAAUGCUCAGAGGCUUCAGUUGCAGGACAGGAUUCGGAUUGUCCCCCUUGAUGUGACCUUAGAGAAGAGCUGGACACACCUUCUGCCUUGGGGCCCCAUGGACUUGGUGAUCAGCAACCCUCCCUACGUCUUCCACCAGGACAUGGAGCAGCUGGCUCCUGAGAUCUGCAGGUAUGAAGACCUGGCAGCCCUGGACGGCGGGAAGGAGGGCAUGGAUGUCAUUACCCACAUCCUGGCCCUAGCACCCCAGCUCCUGAAGGACUUUGGAAGUGUCUUCUUGGAAGUGGACCCUAGGCAUCCAGAGCUUGUCAGCAGCUGGCUCCGGAGCCGACCUGACCUGCACCUUUAUCUUGUGGCUGUGCGCAAGGACUUCUGUGGGAGGCCUCGAUUCCUGCAUAUCCGGAGAUCUGGACCCCAGUGUGGCUGCCCUGUGGACACCUAGCCAGGGUUCCAUCCUUUCUGGAAUGCUGCCCGGAAGGAGGUGGAUGGUGCCUUCCAAAAUCCCAGAUGCUCGUGGCAUUUCCUGUGGCUCUGUGAUUCCCCAUGCUCUACAAUUCUGGGGGACUUGGGGGUAGAAGCCAGGGUGGACGUGUCCUUCCUGGGGUGGCAAAGAGCAGGGGCAUCCCCAGCCCAGCUCAGGAGUUGGAUGGACCUGGGUUCUCAGCCUGGCUGUAUCAUGUCAUUGUGGGUAAGGACAGAUCACUCAAUGUCUCUGCUGAUGGAAUAGGGGAGGCCCCAGGCCUACCCUCCGAAUUGUUGGGGAGGUAUUGGGAGAUAUGGCCAGUAAAAACCAAUAAAUGGUGACCUAAUGUUUUUGUUGCUGUGAUUUGUGGGUCCUCUUCUGCCCCAGCAGGGAGCAAUGUGGACAGAGGCCCAUGGGUACUCGCUUCUGGUCCUGGAUUCUUGGGGCUUGGCACUGAGCAGCUCACUUCUGAGGUUUGACUUAGCCCCUGCCAUCCUGGAUGUACCCCCACACACUCCCCUGACAGGGCCUGGGUAUGGAGCACAGAAACUUCAUCUGAGCUUCAGCUCAUGGGUGACCGCCUGCUCCCUGGAGGGCUGAGACUGAGAGUCCUAGCUGCAUAGUUCUCGGGUCACAUAGCCACAGUCACUUAUCUGAGGGCUUGAGCCAAUGACAAGUGAGCAGGACCCUUACUGACGUUUUAUUCCCAAGGCUUUCAGCUAAAGCACCCCUUCCAGCUGACCUUGAGGUUUUAAGUAACCCAUCUGUUCCUGGUUGGGAUUGGGGAGAGUGAGAAGCCAACAGAAUGGAUUCUAGAUUGUAGCCUCCACCUCAGCUCUGGUCUGUGCAGACUCAAGGCCACCAGGAGGCCUGAAGGCCCAGCCCUCCUGUCUACAGUGCCAGGAAGCCCACAGGUUGGCAGGGGCCAGUAUGAGCCUACAUUAGGGUGAGUGCCGUGGGGCAUGGCAGACCAAGCUAGUUCAUUCUGCCUGACCCUCUGUCCUGGCAUUUUCAAGGGCCUGACCUGGUGGUGUGGUGGUUGAAGGCAGUGUAGUCUGGUAGGCAUUAGCUUCUACUGAAGCCAGGAGACUUGGGGCCCAGGGCUAUGCCUUGCAGUGGAACCUCAGGCAGCUCCUUUCCCUGUGAGGAGCUGGCUGUCUGGCUUAAGGCCAUUACAAGGUAGCAGCCCCAGUUUACUCUGUCAGCCAGGUGGAGUGUGUAGGCUGGCCUCUGAAUGCCCACUCCUCAGGCAGGGAGACUGAGGCUUCAAGACAAGAUAUGACCUGCCUGGGGUCCCAUGGUGGGAGGUGGUGAAGUGGAGAUGGGAAGUUAGGUCCCUGUCUUUGGGGAGUGUGUGUUGCAGGGCUCAUACCCAGCCUGAGCGACUUAUUCUCCUGUUGUGGCUAGCCAUCCCAUUUGCUUCAGCAGAGGCCAGGCUGCAGCAUCCAAGUAUGUAGUGUCCUGUCCUGUGCCCAGUCCCAUCUGCACGGACCCUGAGCUGUCCCCAGCAUCUUUUGAGGAGGAGCUGGGGGCUCCCCCUUAUGGGUACUCCAGAAGGCACCUAGGAGGGUGGAGUAUGGGACAGGCAGGGUGGGGCCCCCCACUUCCUGAGCCCGCUGUACUCUGAGACCUUCACACCUUAGCCUGCCAAGCUCAUCACAGUAGUGCCCUUUCUCCCCUCCUGCCUGCGCCCCUCAGCUCUUGGUGUCUUCAGCAGCAUCUCAGGGUGGCUGCCUGACCCUCAUGGUGAUCCAUUGUCCCCUUGUCCCAUAGUCUGGGUCACCUCUCAGCCAGUGCUGGCUUUCCUGGUAUUCUCACCCUCCUAGCCUCAGGCCUGUUACUGAGGAAAAGCCUUGGCAAGCGUGUGGGUGUGACACCCCAAGUGAUUGUGAUGAUGGAGAGUGACAGUGUAGGGGCAGCUGGGGUCACUGAAGCAGGAGUCACCCUUGGGGGCAUCUUUGUUUCUAGAAAACUGUAGGGCUCGACUCCAUGGGGAAAGAGGUUCAGACCACGUGGAUUGGCAGGAUGGGCCUCAAGCCCGCAGCUACUAACUUGCCUGGGCCCUGGGUCUGAAGCCUGAACACUGUGUUGGAGCCAUACCAGCCUGGGUUCAGAUCCGAGUUCCACCCCUUGUAACCUUGGGCAGAUGACUUCCCCUUCCUCAGCCCUGGCUCCCAAGCCUGAAACGAGACCAAGUGCUUUACCAUAGGGUGGUUGUUGAGGAGACCUUGGGAUGCUCCUUUCAUGGGCCAUUGUGGGUGUUUUCAUUGCCUGCCCUGGAGGGUCUGCACGGGGGUAGUUCUGCACCCUUGGGCAUCUGUCUGGUGCUGGACACCAUCACCUUCCCCCAAGGCAGAGACACAGAGCAGUCGGUGGAGGGAAGGAGGAGUAUCCCUCUUGGGCUCUAGACUUCUCUCUGCCCUUUGGAGAUGGAGCCACCAAGAGGCUAAUAGCCUGAUAGCCCAGGACCUCCCCAUAGCCCCUCCUUCCCCUUCCUCACCAGGUCCUAGUGCCCCAAGGCCCAGGGCUCCAGCUCAGUGAGCUGUUUGCCUUCUUCCCUCCCUCCUUUCUGGGCUAGGGCCACACACUUGAGCUGCUUCCUUUGCCUGUGUCCUGGAGCCUGAGGAGGCAGAAGUGCAGCACGGGGAGCUGAUGGUGGAGCCCAGGCUCUGCCUGCUGACUGCCCGGCCCCCUUCAGCCAGAGCCCCAGAGUGUGGGCGGGGCGAGCAGGAGGCCCAGCUGGACUGGACUCACUCUGGGAAAGCAGUUCUACCCCCUCUUCUGGGGAGGCAGUUGGAUGCUUUUCCCAGCUGUCCAUAGGCUUAUCCAGCUGCUUUACUGAAAAGUGUCCCAAACCCCUAACUACAAGAAAUGCACCUUUUCUGCUUUCCCAUUUCCAUCUGGUCCCCAGACCACCUCAGCUGCCCCCAAUCUCUGCUCUAAACCCUUAGCCGGCUCCCCAACCUGAGUGUGGCUUCUGUGUCCUGCAGAGCCCCGAUUGGAAGAGGUAGCGGAGGGCAACUAAGGGAAAAGCCCUGGGACCCCUCUUAAGGCCCUGUCAGUGCUCUGAGUAAGCUUCCAUCAGAACAGAAGGUUUCACUGCUGACAGGGUUUGAGAAAUGCUGGCCUGGAGUGGGAAGUCCUUUAAUCCCUGUAGGCCAGCCUGUUCUUCCCCAUCCACUUUCAGAUUCUUCACUGACAUGGACUCCAGCCUCCCUGAGCACACCUUCUUCCCUUUGCCCAGGCAGUGCACCAGGAAUCCCCCUGGCCACCACUCCAGUCUAAAUCGUCCCUCUUUCAGGCUCCAACACAAAUGCCAUCUCCUCUGGGCCAUCUGUCCUCCGUCUGUGUCUACUCUGCCUGCCCCGACCCAUACUUCUGCUACCAAUGACAUUCUGUCCCCCGCAUUUGGAAACAUUUUUUCCCUCAUCUCUCUGGGACCCUAUGCAUCUCUGGCAAACCCCAGACUCAGUAAAUAUCUACCAAUAAGGUGACAGUGAGAGCAUUUUCUAGAAUGGCCCAUGUCUGACACAAUGGCAGCUUACAUACACCCUGGCCAGCAGGGACAGGAGCCUGUGAGGGUCGGGCCUCCAGCCCGAGCCAGGCAGCUGUUUCAGCUGAGCCAGCUUCAGCGGCUCAAGUGCACCUGAUCCCUGCACGGUGGCCAUGCUGGGAGAACAGGCUGUUCUUGGCGGUGGCAAGGGCGGCGCCAGGUUUCAUGGAUCUCUGGGCCCCAGCCAGGGUGUUGGCCAGCACAGCAGCCUGAUCCCCCUUAUGACCUGUCACCCUGGACCAGCCCUCUGGGCUCAGCUUGGGGCCGGCAAAGCAACCCUCCCUCUUGUGGUAAGCAAAAUAAUGACCCCCAAAGAUGCCCUCAUCCUAAUUCUCAAGACCUGUGAAUAUGUUACUUUAUAUGGCAAAAGAGACUUUGCAGAUAUCUUUAAGUUAUGGAUCUUGAGAUAUUAAAAUUGGAUUAUCCAGAUGGGUCCAGUGUAAUCACAAGAGUCCUUACAAGAGGGGGCAGGAGUGUUAGAGUGAGAAAGGAUGUGAAGGUGGAAGCAGAGGUAGAAGAGACACAGUUGCUGAAGGAAGAGACCAUGACUCAAGGAAUGCGGGCAGCCUCUAGAAGCAGGAAAAGGCAAGGAAACCGGUUUUCUCCUAGAGCCUCCAGAAGGAAUGCAAUCCUGCCAAGACCUUAAUCUCAGUCCAGAGAAACUGAUUUUGGCUUUCUGACCUCCAGAACUGCGAGAUGAUAAGUUUGUGUUGUUUGAUGUCAUUAAAUUUGUGGUAAUUUGUUACAGCAGCAAUAGGAAACUAAUACAGAUUUUGGUACCAAAGUGGAGUGCUAAUGUAACAAUUAACUUAAAAAUGGGGAAGUGGCUUUGGAAUUAGAAUCUGGAAUGGGCAGAGAUGAGGAAUUUUGAGUAGCCUGAUAGAAAAAGUCUGGUUUGCCUUGAACAUCUCUCUCCUGGGGGCCCUCAGGGUGGAGGUGGAGAAACCCCCUCAACCUGGAGACCUGCAGUGCCGAGACUUCCUACCUGUGUGGCUCACUGUGUUUGAACAGCACUGGGCCUCUCUUAAAAGGAGCAAAGGACUGCCCAGUGUGGGCCCCGGAGAGACUGACCCAGGCAAGACAGGCUGUUAAGAGAUGGAACUUGGAUUUGGCAGGGGAAAGAAGGAAGACUGACCUCUAUGGCCCAUCUUCAGUGGCAUUGGGGCCACCCAGGCCUUCAGAGAGGACCUCAGAGACUGGGUCCUCCAUGGGAUCGUGUGGCUGCCCAGCUCCCUCAGUGUGUGCAGUAGAGCAGGAGUCCUGCACUCUCAAGGUUAUAGGUACCUCAUCUGGGAAAUGAACAUAGGAGCCCCUGCCUCAGCUGAAAGACCUGACUCUUCCAUGGAUUUUGGAGGACUGGGUUCCCUUCAGCCAGCAGGCCAUACCUGGCUCCUGCCACAGGCCUGAGCUAGGCUGUGUCAUCGCUGUGUUCCUGGGGUGGGAUCAGGUCAUCCCCAGGGCCCUCAGCCUUAUAGUCCCCCAAGUUGAGGUCACCAGUUGACCUGUAUCUAAGUCUGGUGCCCUCAACCCUGCCUCCAUUCAGGUUGGGACUGGGACUUCACGCCACAGGAGGGGUACUUGGGGCCUCUGGAGGCCCCAUCCUACUUUGCCAGGGCCUAGGGCUUCUGAAGACACAGCCCCGAUCCAGGGGCCACAUAGCUACUGGGAGGCCAGACAUGGACUGAUGUGCCUCAUGCUAGGUCUAAGAGCUGAGAAUCUGGGGGGCGAACAGUCUGGACACCUGGGUUCAGGGGUCAAUUUCGUGCUGAAUCCCCUGGAUAUGCUUUGGAUGAAGCCAAGAGAGCCUGUUUGUGUUGAAAGGGGUGGAUCUUAGUGAGACCCAUGUCUGUUCCUUAAUCCUCCCCAAACCUCUGUUUGGGGCUUACUUGAGGUCAUACAGCCUCACCUCCUGACUCCCAGUCCAGUGCUCCCCUCAGCCCCCACUGCUUCCAAGGGCCCAUGGUCAAUAAAUUAGGUGGUGUUCAUAUGGCUUUCCAGGUAAUCCCUAAACCCUGGGAUUCUGGCCCAUAAAAUCUUCCAGGCCAGGUUCAUGGGCUGACCUCGGGCCCUGGGUAUGUGGACAGACUUGAGUCCCUUGAAGCCCCUGUAGCUGUGCAGAGAGCAGGGUUCCCCCCUUUCAAAAUGAGCAAGCAUCUCUUCAUCUGAGGGAACUGACUGUGUACCCUCAACCCCAGCUCCUGUUCCCCAGAGCCUCCUGAGGUAUCUGGAAGGACUUUUGGGCAUCUUUGGCCCCAUAAUCAGGAAUCAAAUGUGUAGGAGCUUUAAAUUGUGGUACCCCUCGCCUCCCACAGAUGCCCCAACCACCCUGCAGGGAAAUGGUGAGGAAAGGCCCAUUUCACAGCUCCCAGGGUGGGAGCGGCCAGGGAAGCCUACCAGCCAGUCUCACAGGGAGCCCUAACCCAGGCUGCUCUCCACCUGGUCCUAGCUAGAACAGAGGGCAGAGAGUGGGCUGCCUCAGAGCAGCUCUGUCCCAUGGCAGGCAGGCCUGGCUCGAUGGACCCCUUCUCAGGGCCUGGGGUCUCCUCCAGAAGUCCCACCUUUUUCCCCAGAGCGGGGGAUGCCUCCUCAUUGCCCCCUGCUGUCCCAGGUCUAUAGCCCCCUUCUGGGGCACGUGUCUGGGGGAAUGGAGAGGUCAGACAUCCCACCCUUUGAGCCCAGGGAGCAGGUUUUUGGGACUGGAAGUGCUCACAAAGAUCUCCGUGCUACAGAUGAGGACACUGAGGCCCGGCAGGGUGGGAGCUCAAACCAGGUGUCUUCUCUGGCUCUCAGCCACCAGCCCUGCCUCCCCUGGUGCAGACUCCCACCCCUGCCUUGCUUUUGAAGGACAGUCCUGCCUGCUGAAGAGGCAGCCAAGUCCCUCUGCCGUUUCCUGGAAUUCAAUGAGGCUGAGCUACAUGAGCAAGCAGAGUGAACCCCAAGCCGGCACUGCGGGGGCCUUGCCUGCCUUUGGAUCUUAUAGCCAGGUAAAGAAUCUGGGCAGGCCCACUGGACCUUCCCCCUCCUCCUCAUCUUCCUCCUCCUCCCCAUCAUUGCCACCAUUUCUUGAGUUCCUGCUGUGUGCUUAGCCUCAAGCAGCUGCUCUGCAUUUAUUAGAUUUAAUCCUCACAUAGCUCUACAGAGGAGCAUUUUAAUCAUCACCACAUUGUGGUUGAGGAAACCGAGGCUUGGUGGGGUACAGUCAUGGGUCAUGUUGCUCAGUUGAGCUGGAAGGGAGGGUGACACUGUCACUGGCGCCUGUUUAACUGUCAGAGACACUGAGGCUGGCAUAGCUAGGUCCUGGGCCACCUUCUGCAGAGCUCAUGUAGAGGUUCACCUAGGCCUGUGAACCCUCAGGACAAGACCAAGAGCUGCCCCCAGAAGUCUUUCUAGAAGCCCAGUGCUGCCCUGAUGGGCCCCUCUCCUGGGGUAGGUGGCGCACAGGGCCAGGGACUCAUUCUCCUAAGCCCUAUGUGUCAGACUCUGGGGAGAUGACACCAGGUGGAGGGACCUUCAAAGGAUAGAGCUUGAAUGGAAAUGCUGAGCCAAGUGCUCCUGGGAUGAUUUUACUCAACCCUCGUGACACCCGAUAAGGCAGAGGCUGUGAAUCCUCUCAUUUUACAGACAAGGAAGCUGAGGCUGAGGGAGACAACGGAACUUGCUCACAUGCUCACUGAGCUGGGACUCCAGGGCAGGCUGAGGGCCCCAGGGUCUGAGGCACGCACUUGGUCAUCACUCUAGGCUUGAGGAGGGGAGAACAGAGGACCAGGCAGCAGGGACAGUCUGGGCAAAAGCCCGGAGGCCUGAGACACAUGGGCAGAGAUGUGUUUGGCCAGGUGGGGGCAGUACUCUCAGCUGAGCUCUGAAUUCAUUUCUGGGCACCAGGGGCCUAAUACAAGGGUUCUGAGGUGAAUUAUAGGGUCAGAUGGGCACCAAGGAUGCUCUCUGGCUACCGGGAGGAGGGGGCUGAAGUGGGGUAGGGGGCAGGAGGCUGCAACUGCUCAAGGUCUCGAGGUGGCAUUCUGGAUAGAACUGCCUCACAGCCAUUGCUGAGAGCUUGGAUGUGGGGUGGGGUGGGGGCAGGACCACGAUGGGGCCCAGAGCUCUGACAGGAGAGGCAUCAGUCAGAGACUUUGAGAAUGUGGGGUCCCUCAGCACAUCCCAGAUGUGGUGUGUGGUGUCGGGGGCAGUGGACAGGGGCACCUGCAGCUCCAGACUCGACCACGUGGGGAAAGAGCCCGGAGGGAGCCCUUGAGGUGGAGAUGGGAAGGCCAACCUCCCAGGCCUGAGCCCUGGCAAAAACGGUAACUGGCCACACCAUGUGUAAGGCAGUGCCGGGAGCCCUCUCCACCCCAUUGUAUCAUAAAUACUCUUGGCAGCACAUCAGGAAUGCCUUCCUUGGCCCACUGUACAGAUGCAGAGACUGAGGCUUAACCUGCCCAAGGUCACAGAGCCAGCAAGUGACUGUGCUGGGGGUUGAACCUAAUUCCCUAACUAGGUGCGUAGGGCCUCGACCCCCGUAGGGGCCCCGGCAGCUGAGAGGAUGCCCCCAGGAACGAUGUAAGCUUCGGGGGAGAAGGGUAAAUGUUGGGUCAAACAGAAAGCACCAGACACAUGCAGCUUCCUUUUGGCCACCCUUGGUGCCUAAUUUACAUCCCUCAAGGCAGAGGGGCCAGGCGGAGGGGGUGGGGCAGAUAGUGAAAGCAGCUGCUACUGAAAUGAAACUCUGGUGUCCUUUGGGGUGGGUGGGUCCGACAGACACCCAGGCACUGACCCUGCAUCUCAGGUGACAUGUGGCUGAAGGGAGUGAGUCCCCAUCUCAGCAUGGAGGAGGUAUGCAGUCUCCCAUGUGGUAGAGGGGAGGGCUUAAGGUCUCCAGGCCU